AUGAUGGCAGUAACAGUCAAGGAAAUAUGCGACAAUAUUAAACUUGCGAGAGAAAUGGGAAUGCUUGGUAAUUACGAAAAUGCUGAAGUUUAUUAUGAAGGCUCUCUACAAAUGAUAACCAGGCUCAUUUCAAUGAUUCCAGAACCAAUAAGAAAAAACAAAUGGCAGCAGGUUCAAAAAAUUGUGAAUACAGAGUAUGAUCAGAUCAAAGUAAUGAAAACAAUGCUGCAAACACUGAGGCUAGAAACAAGCAUAGAAGUUCCAAUUGGUGCUAGGAGGAGGGAUGAGCCUGUGAGAGAUUUUGGGGGUAUUCUCAGUCUGGAUUCAUCCAUUCCAACAGAUCCUGAUGUCUGGCCUCCACCAACCCCUGUUGACCAUAGUAUCAAUCCUAAUAAAUCCAGAACUUCAAAUGUGCGCAAGUUGGAUCUGAAGAAGACAACAUCAACAAGAGCAAGCUCUUCCAAUACAUCAAGAAGAUCUGAGGUUAACCGCAUGACAAAACCAGUUAAGAGGGAAGAUAGACCAUCUUCUUCAAGAUCUGAAAAAAAUUUAGAAAACAGCAAACCUGAGAAGGACAAUAAAGAUACUGAAAAUGCAGAUAAAACUGUAAAAAGUGAAUCAGAAGAGGAGAAGAAAUUUGAAUGUCAUGGAAUGGAAAGAGAAUUAGCUGACACUCUGGAAAGGGAUAUUGUUCAAAAAAAUCCCAAUAUCCAUUGGGAUGACAUAGCUGAUCUACAUGAAGCAAAGAGGCUGCUGGAAGAAGCUGUUGUAUUACCUAUGUGGAUGCCAGAUUUUUUCAAAGGUAUAAGAAGACCAUGGAAAGGGGUACUUAUGGUUGGUCCUCCAGGUACAGGCAAGACUAUGUUGGCCAAAGCUGUGGCUACUGAAUGUGGAACUACUUUCUUUAAUGUGUCAUCUUCAACAUUGACCUCAAAAUACAGAGGUGAAUCAGAGAAAAUGGUCCGGUUACUUUUUGAAAUGGCGCGUUUCUAUGCUCCCAGUACAAUAUUCAUAGACGAAAUAGAUUCCUUGUGCUCACGAAGAGGCUCAGAGUCGGAACAUGAAGCUUCUAGGAGAGUCAAGUCCGAGCUUCUCGUCCAAAUGGACGGCAUAACUGCCAACAACGACGAACCUGGUAAAGUCGUUAUGGUACUUGCAGCAACAAACUUCCCAUGGGACAUUGAUGAGGCACUGAGACGUAGAUUAGAGAAGCGUAUCUAUAUCCCAUUGCCCACGCUGGAGGGACGAGAAGCCUUGCUGAAAAUCAAUUUGAGAGAGGUCAAAUUGGACCCGGAUAUUAAUCUUUCUGGGAUUGCCAGGAAACUGGAUGGGUAUUCAGGGGCUGAUAUCACAAAUGUUUGUCGUGACGCCUCAAUGAUGUCAAUGAGAAGGAAAAUUUGUGGUUUGAGGCCCGAUCAGAUAAGACAGCUGCCAAAGGAGGAGCUGGAUCUUCCAGUUACAAUGACCGAUUUUGAAGAAGCUUUGGUGAAGAAUAAUAAGAGUGUUAGCAAAGAGGAUUUGGAUAAAUAUGUGAGAUGGAUGAAUGAGUUUGGGUCUUCAUGA